GCCCCGCCCCUCCAGGGCGUUGAGCUUUUCUCGUGCCGGGCCUCGCCUCCCUCUGUGACGUAUCACUGACGCCUGCUGCCCCGGAUGAGGCUGGGUUCGGAGUGUGUCAGCGACUGUGUGGGGAUGCGGCGGAGGCGGCAGUAGCAGCAGGAGGAGCAGCAGCAGGUUCCGCGAGAGAGACAGCCGGUGAUCCUGAUCAUGGACAGUGAGGAAAUUCCAAAGUUUUUAAGUCCAGAUGAAGAAACUGCAUACUGGAAGGAUUUGUCUUUGAAAUAUAAACAAAGUUUUCAAGAGGCCCGUGAAGAGCUAGCAGAAUUUCAGGAGGGCAGCAGAGAACUUGAAGCAGAAUUGGAGACUCAGUUAGUACAAGCUGAACAGAGGAACCGGGAUUUGCAAGCAGAUAACCAAAGAUUGAAACAGGAAGUGGAAACAUUGAAGGAAAAGCUUGAGCACCAGUAUGCACAAAAUUACAAGCAAGUGUCGUUGUUGGAAGAUGACUUAAGCCAGACCCGUGCAAUCAAAGACCAGCUGAACAAAUAUGUUAGAGAAUUAGAGCAAGCCAAUGAUGAUCUUGAACGUGCUAAGAGGGCCACAAUUGUUUCCUUGGAAGACUUUGAACAAAGGCUAAAUCAGGCAAUAGAAAGAAAUGCCUUUUUGGAAAGUGAACUGGAUGAUAAGGAAUCUCUGCUAGUUUCUGUACAAAGACUAAAGGAUGAAGCAAGAGAUUUAAGGCAAGAACUAGCUGUACGGGAAAGACAGCAUGAAGUAACAAGGAAGUCAGCUCCUAGUUCUCCAACCCUGGACUGUGAGACGAUGGAUUCAGCUGUCCAAGCAUCACUCUCUUUGCCAUCAACACCUGUUGGGAAAGUCUGCGAGAAUAGCUUUCCAUCUCCAAAAGGAAUUCCCAAUGGCUUUGGUGGUACUGGCCCCCUUCCUCCAUCUGCCAGGAUAUCUGCUUUGAACAUUGUGGGUGAUCUCCUGAGAAGAGUAGGGGCCUUGGAAUCCAGAUUAGCUGCUUGUAGAAAGUUUGCAAAGGACCAGGCAUCACGGAAGUCUUAUGUUUCAGGGAACAUAAAUAGCAGCAUGAUCAACAGCAAUGGCAUGAAGUUCUGUCAUCCGGGACACACGACAUUCUAUGACAAAGCGGCAGUCAACGGCUUUGACCAAGGCCCACCACCAGGUCUAGGAGGAUCAAGGCCAUCGUCAGCACCAGGCAUGCUCCCUCUGAGUGUAUGAACGUAUUGCAAGGCCAGAGCGGGACUUGGGACUAAUUCUUGAAAGAACAGGAGAAGAGCUGCUUGCAAUACCUUUCUGUUAAAGCCCCCUGCUGGAGCUGAAUGGGUCUUGCAGCACCCAGAGGCUGCCUGGAGAAGAACCCAGAACACACAGAGUACUCCUCCUGUCAAUACAGUCUAUUUUCUUCUAUUUCCAUCAUGGACGUUCUUUGACGUAGUCACCGCUGAUGUCUGUCCACAGGAUGGUGGAAUUGCACUUGCCCAAUCACCUUCCUUCUCUGUCCCCCACUCCCACUCCACCAGUUUGUACGCUGGCUAACUUAGGCCUGCUUUCGUGCUGAAUGACUUCUUAGUAAUGUCCCCACCUCUUUACUCUUCCCCACCCCCAUCCAAAACUUACACUUAGGCACACAAUAUUGUUGUGCUUUUCUAAGUAAAUUUAUGUUCAGGGGAGUGCAGGGAAACUCCAAAUGCCUAUGGUAAGCUAACAGACUUGGGAUGCAGAAUGAAUCUUAUGGACCCUUCCAUCCAGCUGAUGAGACUGAGAAAUGUCUUGCUACUUGACACAGUAUCCCUGCUAAAAUGUGGGAAUUGGGCUAUGGAGAUGUGGCAUCUUCUCUGUGGAGCACAAGAAAUGUAUGUGUUGUACGGUUAGGUAUCUGUUCACCAAAGCUGAUUUGUUUUUAAAAUGGAGAAACACCCACCAGAUCAUCAAUUUCUUUCUGGUCAGUUUCACCCCAUGUAGCUGGCUUUACACAUUUUAUUUCAGGAAAGCUGUGGCGUGGUCUCUAUCUAUGGCUUAGUGAGCAUUGCCCAAGAGCAAAGGAAAGAAAAGGGAAUCAAAGCCAAGGCAAAGGCAAGUUGCCACUCACAGCUUGGAUUUUGUCAACCCUUUUUCUGUUAUGUCCUUUGCUUCAUUGACUGUUUACAUUUGUUUUAUUGUACAUAGAUUUCUAAACAUAAUAUCUUUGCCUAAGAUAAUUGUACAUAACUUGGGCUUUGUAGCUUUAUUUAUUCAGAAUCUCUGAGGCAUGUUUUCCCUAGGACAGUGUGUCAGAUUUCUGUGGUGACUGCCAUCCUGUGGUUUAACAAGCGAGAUGGUCCAAGAAUAAAAAUCUUUUAACAUGGA